GGUCCUACUGUGUAUACAAGAGCUCAGUAAGCGGAAAGGAAGCAGUGUGUGUUCGAUGGAAGCGAUCGGUAGUGAGCAAACACUGAAUAAUAAUAAAUAAUCUCAACUGGUAAAGAAUUACAGCAGAUAUUAAAGCAGAAUGGAUGAUGAAGAGGAGACUUACCGUCUGUGGAAGAUCAGGAAAACUAUAAUGCAGCUCUGUCAUGAUCGGGGAUACUUGGUGACACAGGAUGAGUUGGAUCAGACUCUGGAAGAGUUUAAAAGUCAGUUUGGAGAUAAACCCAGUGAGGGUCGGCCUCGACGGACAGAUCUCACCGUGCUCGUGGCUCACAACGAUGAUCCCACAGAUCAGAUGUUUGUUUUCUUUCCUGAGGAGCCCAAGGUGGGCAUCAAGACCAUCAAAAUGUACUGCCAGAGAAUGCAGGAGGAGAACAUCACCCGUGCUAUUAUUGUGGUCCAGAUGGGCAUGACACCAUCUGCCAAACAGUCGCUAGUAGACAUGGCACCGAAGUACAUCCUGGAGCAGUUCCUGCAGCAAGAGCUUCUCAUCAACAUCACAGAACACGAGCUGGUUCCUGAGCACAUGGUGAUGACAAAAGAAGAAGUCACGGAGCUGCUAGCAAGAUAUAAGCUAAAGGAGAGCCAGUUACCCAGGAUUCAGGCAGGAGACCCUGUGGCUCGGUACUUUGGCCUGAAAAGAGGCCAGGUGGUGAAGAUUAUCCGGCCGAGUGAAACUGCAGGACGAUACAUUACAUACAGACUUGUACAGUAGAGCUGCAGAAGUCAUCAGGGGAUUUGAACAUACUUACUGCUGGAGGUGAUUCAGCUUGCGUGUGGGAUCUUAAGAUACAGUUUGAGUGCAAAAGAAGAACCAACAUAUUUUUGGUUUUAGAAAAUAGGCAUGUAUGUGGCAUUUCUAAGGUAAACACAAUUCUUGUAUAUUAACAUGUUUAAAACAUUUUCAGUUGUGACUGAGUAAUGAUUCAUUUUUGUAAUAAAGAGGCUUAAACCAC